CGUCUCUGAAAGAAUGGAGGUAAACCAUCUAUUAGGUCAGGAGGACCCACACCCUUAUAGUGCAGCGGAGGGAGACGUCUUCGUUUCCGCUUAGUGUAUGUUAUCUACGCAGACAUAGAUCGUCUAUGGUAGGACCGUAGGACACCCUCUGUAUGAAUGUGGUUCCCCCGUCACUCAGCGCUGCUCUGCGGGCAGUUUGGUGUCUUCUCCCGGCGAGUAGUAGCAGUAGUCAUCCGCCGCCGAUGCUCCGCCCCGGAGGUAGUUUUUCGCGGUAAAAUCAACACACGAGACACACAGCAGCAGCAGAGACACACCGAGUCCAGUAGAGUCAUGCCGUCCAACGUGGAAAUCAAAGCCAAAGUGAGUGACCCAACGCUGUUCGCCGAGAAGGCCGCCAAGCUCAGCCAAUCAGAGGGAACGAUCAUCGGACAGCACGACACCUUCUUCAACUGCCGCCAAGGACGACUGAAGCUGCGAGACUUCAUGAACGAGGCAGGUCAGCUGAUCUUCUACGAGCGUCCGGACACCGAUGGACCCAAACUGUCCCGUUACUCCAUCAGUCCGACCAGCGACCCGUCAAGUCUCCGGGCGGUGCUGUCAGACGCUCUUGGGGUUAAAGGUGAGGUGCGGAAGGAGCGACGGCUGUUUCUGAUUGGUCAGACCAGAGUUCACCUGGACACAGUGGAGGGGCUGGGGAACUACAUGGAGCUGGAGAGGAGCAGACAGCACAGAGAGGAGUCCAGACAGAAAACAAACAGGUGGUGAUGCGUCCAGAGCAGACCGUUGAAGACGGACAGAAGGUUGCCGAGGAUCUGAUGGAGAAGUUGGGUGUCUCAAAGGAGAGUCUGGUGAUGGGAGCGUACAUGGACCUGAUACUGAAGGGACAUUAAGAGACAUAAAACAAACGCACUUCUGGAGACGGAGCAGAGAGCAGGAUGUAGUAAUCAGAAUGAAACACUGAUAAAUAACAAACUAAACUCUUCACUACUGUAAAAACAUCCUGUAUUUAGAUGUGGUACAGUUAUCAGACUAGUCUCUAACCACAAUAAUCUGUAGUAUUUUCACUGCAAUCAGAUGAUCAGUAUACUGUUUAAAAUAGAAUCUGAUCUGUUAACUUAGUAUUGUAUUUGUAUAAAAAAAUUAUGUGGAAGGAGACAUUUUGAAAAUAUCCUUUUCUUUUCUAAAUAAAUGGACUCAAACAGA